GUGGCACCGGCUGCCGGGCGGGGGCCUGGGCCGGGGCCGCGGACGCUGGGGGCGCCUCGGCCGCGCUCAGCCUUUAGAUCGGAGAAUGCGGGCGGGGUGGGAGCGCUCGCGGUCCCGGAAGUCACUCCAGGGUCGAUUUCUCGGCGGGUGCGAGGCCGGCCCCCUCGGAGUGCCCCGGGGAGGUGGUGCUGGGCGUCUGAACAUCGCAUCCCUUCCUGCACCCGUGUGUGGGGUGGGAAUGCCGGGUGUGGGCCCUGGAUCAGAGCUGACGGGGUUGCGAGCGGCGUGGGGUGUGCCUGGGACGGUGACCGAAUGUGUCUUCCUGAAUCGUUGUACUCAAUCUCCAGUUCCCUCUGUUUCUACAGCUGGGCCUCAGUCCUCACAGGGCUCUAGUGGGCUUUCAGCCAUGCCAGGGGAAGGUGCCCAGGGAAUUAGCAGGACCCUUCCCUCUCCUCCCCCUCCCUCGCCCCCCCAUGUCUCCCCCUCCCUCCUAUGUAGUAGGUACUUCUCUAGCACCCCACAGCGAUGAUGGAUGCUGACCCUUACGCCAGGUGGGAAACCAGGCUGAUCCAGCACCUGUCUUUUCCUGUUAGGGGGAUUGCCAGGCUUCUCAACCCAACAUGAGUGAAGUUUCCUGCAAGAAACGGGAUGACUAUUUGGAAUGGCCUGAGUAUUUUAUGGCUGUGGCCUUCUUAUCAGCACAGAGAAGCAAAGAUCCAAAUUCCCAGGUCGGCGCCUGCAUUGUGAAUUCAGAAAACAAGAUUGUCGGGAUCGGGUACAAUGGGAUGCCGAAUGGGUGCAGUGACGACCUAUUGCCUUGGAGUAGGACGGCAGAGAAUAAGCUGGACACCAAAUACCCAUACGUGUGCCAUGCCGAGCUGAAUGCCAUCAUGAACAAAAAUUCGACCGAUGUGAAAGGCUGUAGUAUGUAUGUCGCCUUGUUCCCUUGUAAUGAGUGUGCUAAGCUCAUCAUCCAGGCAGGUAUAAAAGAAGUUAUUUUCAUGUCUGAUAAAUACCAUGACAGUGACGAGGCAACAGCUGCGAGGCUCCUGUUUGAUAUGGCUGGGGUGGCGUUCCGGAAAUUCACACCGAAGUGCAGCAAGAUUGUCAUUGACUUUGAUUCAAUUAACAGCAGACCGAGUCAAAAGCUUCAGUGAGUUACAUCUCAUUAAAUCGCCAGGAGAUUGGGAUUAUCCUCUUCUAAGAAGCUGCUAAUGCCUUUCAUCUUGAAGUUACACAUAACUUUUUACUAGCCAGUACGGCAAAAGUAGACAUCUAAAGAAUAUAAAGCCUCAAAUCUUCCUUACUGUCUCUCCUGUCACAUAGAAUCUACAUCUGUUUGAACUAUUGAUUUAGGGUUUAAAAUAGGGGAGCCUGUGGUGGCCUGGUGCACAGGGCUAGAACAAGGGCGCUUCCCCUUCCUGUGUCCCGGCUGGCUGGGAUGCUUGUGGCUCUUCAGAGGAGCAUCAGCUGUCUGUCAUCCGCUGCAAUCCGGCAGCCUCUCUUCACUGCUACAUGUGCUGGAAGGACAAAUAAAUAAUUGUUGUUGUGUUCUUAGCGGGGACGAGCAGACACACUGAUCUGAACAUCUGGCCCAAGUGAAGCAUGGCAUAUAGUGCCCUUGGAAGAAAAUGAGGCCUCAAAUGACAGUAGCAUUGAAGUCUUUGCUGCGGAGUUGAGGGAAACCCCCAGCCACCCUCCUGGAAUCGGAGAUAGGGCGGCACAUCUGUCCUGACAGACGAGGAGCGUAACUGAACCAGGAAGACUGCCUCCAUCCCUGCUCUCCCGCUGCACCCAGGGUGGUGGCAUGUUAUCCCUCUGGGGGUGGGGCCCCCUGCCAUUUUGGCUCAGUUUGGGUUUGUUGGUCACAUGGAGCUCUUCCAUUUCGUUUAGCUGAAUAAUGAGUUGUUCCUAGAGGAGACAGCCUAUCUCUCCUUGUUACCCCCAAAGCCCAUGCCCUGCCGUGGUGGCAGCUGGGGCUGUGGAUAGGAGGGGUCCCGGAUGUGGACGUGUUGCCCCCUCCUCCGCAUGCCAGCGUGGUUCAUUGACAAGCCCCUCUGCAACUGGAGAGAACAUUAAUUCCUGUCCCGGAAGUGGUUGUGAGAAAUGCCGCCCACGUGGAGACAGUUUAUUGCAGCACUAUUGGUGUUGAGAGCUCCUCUGUGCCCUGGCUCCAUGCCUUCAUCUACACAAACAUCACCUUCCUAGUCACCGCGGGGCGGGGAGCAUGUGGCUGUGCCCCUUUAAUCUCAUUUAACUUUUAUUAAACAUGCUCAGUACCUGCGUUGAGAAAAGGCUUUCUUUAUCCUAAAGAUUAUUACCUUUUUAAAGUGCUCUUAUAUUUUCAUGAGUUUUUAUUUUGUCUCUGAGAUUUUGUAUUCCACAUUCUAGGGUAUUCUGUAAUUUGGCUCCUUACCAAUAUUAAAAUCUUAUUAAAAUCUACCUUGCCA